AUGGCGCAUACAAGUGACUAUUCGCCCCACACCUCCACGCUGCGCAGCUCAAAGGGCACUCAGCAAUUGGUUAGUAACACACUUGAUAUUACAAUGACGACCGCAGAACAGCCCAGCACAACCCCUUCUGCCCCUUCUCACUUUCAACGAUUCAUGAAAUUCGGAAGGAGAAAUACCGGUCGAGAUGAGGGGUUCCCGCCCGCACAUUGGUCGCAUGCUUCUCCAGGCGCAGAGGCCAAGGAUGCUACCCCCGGAAAUGCUCCAGCGGCCUCUGUGGAGAUCACCUCUUCUGCUCAAACAGAGUCUAAGGCGAGCUCAAACGGCGGACAUGAAUUGGACAAUCAUGUCGCUACUGUCGAUACCAACGGGACAGCUGUAGAGAGCGGAGAAACAGACACAGAACCGGAGCCAGCGACUCUUGCUAGCAAGAUCCACAGUCUCCUCUUGUCACUGCCUCCCUUGUCCUCCUCGCAAGCAUCCGCAGCCAAUGCUGGUGCCAAAGGUAGCACCGACACCAUUGGAGGCAUCACGCUGCCGAGCUUCCUCGCCGACUCCAAGCUGAUGACAUACCUGUCUUCUCCGUCCGUGAUGAACGGGUCUGUCGAGAAGGGGAAGCAGAGUGUGUGGGCGUUGCUCGAUCGCUUCAAGGCAAACAUGGGCAAGGACACCGUGCCAGCAGAAGGACAGAUGCCGACCAGCGAUGCGCAGACCGAUGACGAUGCGAGCGUUAUGUUCUAUGGCCCACUUGAGCCUGAUGAUAGCUCGUUUGUCGAGGUCGCCCGCUCGGAAGUCUCGAUGGACGAGGGCGAAGCAGUAACGAUUGAAGAGCAGCAAAUGGAAGAUGCCAGCUCCCGUGUACAUUUCGGAGGCACCUUGCCGUUCUUUAGGAAGGGGAAAGGGAAAGCUACCGGGCCAGGACAGAAAGCCGUGGAAAGAAAGGUUUGGGUGCCGUCGAAGGAGAAGAUUUCGUUAGAGAUUCGAUGGUGGGGAUACCGCAUCUAUCUCCCUCCCCCUGUCCUGGAUGUCCUGGACAGCUCACGGAUGGAGAACACCAAGCGUGCUGCGAUUUUGACCACUGCCCUGAAGUGGCUAUUAGACCACAUACCGAUGGCGGCUGUACCUCUGCAGGUGCGCCCCGCCAUGCCGCUCUUAAGGACGGUCGUGCCGUACUUGGGUUAUGUCGGUGCAUUUGUCGCGUGGAGUUGGGAUGCAAUCAAGUCUUAUGACAAAGGCAAUGGAGUCGUCCUGACCGCCACUUGGCUUCUGACUUUUGCGCUCGUUCCCGGGACAUGGGAAGACAGCCAACAUGUGAUCACAAGGCCUCCUCAUAUGAGCGAGACUUGA